GCUAUCGGGGAGAAGCUCCGAUAAGGAAAAGCUUCGAUCGGCUUCGGUCAGAGACACUCGUCGCACUCGCGCGCGAUCACUCACCGUGACGCUUGCCAAAGUUAGUCGAGUCGCAGGAAGGGAACAACCGGUCUUUCUUUAUAGAAAAACGGAAAACUAGCCGGCAGCGUGGGAGGAGAAUGUCUAACUAGGAUCGCCGAGUGACAAUCCGUGUAGUGUAGGAAGAAGUCCAGUGCCAAUGGUCGGCCGAUCUGCCAGCUAGUGUAGAAGAGCGAGAUGACAGCCGAGAGACCGCCUGCCGAUUUCCUUUCCUAAUUUCGGAACUUAAAGGCGAUCCCUAGAAAUGACCCGACUGGCCAAGGAAAGGGAGGCGGAGCUCCAGGCCAAGAAAAACGCCGUUCAAAUCGUCAAGCGAAACGACUUGAUCCAGACCGACUCUCUGCCUCUCAAGGUGUACCAUAGGAGGUGGCUCAUCUUGGCCCUCUUCAUGUUCUACGCGGGAGGAAGCACGUUCCAGUGGAUCGAGUACUCGAUAAUAUCGAACAUAGUCUCGAGGUAUUACAACGUGUCGUCCAUAGCCGUCGAUUGGACGGCUCUGUCGUACAUGUUGUACUACGUAGCGCUGAUAUUCCCGGCUUCUUACUUCAUAGAUCGGUUUGGAUUAAGAUGGACCGCGAUCCUAGGCAGCUCUAUAAGCUGCCUGGGAGCCUGGGUGAAGAUCUUCUCCGUAGCACCCGAUAGAUUCUACGUGACGUUUAUUGGACAGUCCCUUGGCGCCAGCUCACAGGUGCUCAUUCUCUCGGUUCCCGGACACCUCGCGGCAUAUUGGUUCGAUGCAGGAGAGCUCUCAACGGCCACGUCGCUUGGGAUUUUUGGAACAUUGGUAGGCGUGUCCGCCGGAUUUUUAAUAACACCGAUUAUCGUCAGAAACCACGAAAACCUGGACGACAUCGGCGAAGACCUGUCGCGACUUUACUGGUACAUCGCCGUCAUAACCACGGUGGGAUUCAUCCUCGUCGUCCUAUUUUUCCAGGAUGAGCCAAAGUUGCCGCCGAGCAAGACGAGAGCCAUUCAGAAGGCCAAUCGAAACGACACCAAGGAGAGCUUCCUUCGGUCCAUGAAACGACUGAUCACCAACAAGAGUUACCUGCUUCUGUGCAACUCGUACGGCAUGAACAUCGGGGCGUUCAACGUCGUUGCCACUUUGCUCAAUCAAAUUUACCUCACACAUUUCGAGAACGGCGAGAAAGACGCAGGUCGCAUCGGAUUAGCAAUCGUAGUCAUGGGGAUGAUGGGAUCCGUCACCUUCGGCGUGAUCCUGGACAAGACGCACAGGUUCAAAGAAACCGCCGUGACGGUCUACUUUUUGGCCCUGUGCGGCCAGAUUCUUUUCGCCGUUUUCUUGUAUCUGGAACUAAAAUGGAUGGUAUAUGCAUCGGCCAUGUUCCUUGGAUUUUUCAUGUCUGGAUAUUUGUCGCUGGGCUACGAGCUGUGUGCCGAGUAUACAUAUCCCGAAGCCGAGGGAGUGUCCACAGGAUUUCUGAACAUAGCAAAUAACGUAUAUGGCAUGGUGCUGGUCAUAAUCCUGGGCAAACUAAUGGAAGUUUAUGGAGACGUCGUCGUGCACGCUGGCCUAUGUACGGCGCUUCUGAUCGGCUUCGUUCUGACGGUGUUAACAAAGGACGAGCAGAGACGCCAAGAUGCCAGAAGGGCAGCUUUGUAUCAAAGUGUGCCAACAAAGGAAGCCGACACCGCGAGGCAAAAUCCAUAAUUUCGGCCCCUUGCGAUCGCUCGAUCGACCUAUCGCGAUCGCAUUCGAGCUAUCUUCUGCCAUCCUCUUUACUCCGAUUUAAGUCAAAAAGAAUCCACCGAGUUUAGCAUGCGACUAAUUGUUAGAUUAAAUACGUCAAUUAUGACGACGAGACUCGCUUUACGAGUCACCGUACAAGCGCGAUACUUGGUAUCGAUUUAACGUUAAGUUUACUUUUAAUCAAUGCUCAUCUUCGAUGCCCGAACGUCUACUCAAAGAUGCGUCGAAACCGAGUAAAUACUGCUAGAAAUGUUUACGGAUAAAUAAAAGAAAUAUCCAUUCUCGA